AAUCAACAAUGAUCCCUUAUUUUCCUUAAAUCUAAAAUAACAACUAAUGUUUUUAAUGUUAAACACAUUUUAUCCGAAUGGAGCUCAUAUGAUUUUAGAUCAUUAGAUAUGAUUCAAAGCUUUGUGACAUAUCAACUCAUUCUCAUAAACAAUGAUCUGAAUGGACGAUGCCAAAAUGAAGAAUAGAUUUGUGAAUAAAUGUGUCUAUUCUGAGACAUACUGUAUCUAAACAGUGCCAAGCCAAAAGUGGAAAAAAACAGCCACCUGGAGGCGCUAUGAUCUUUUGUGCGUUUAAAUCAGUGCUUCUCAAUUAUAUUCUGUUACGCCCCCCCUAGGAAGAAGUAAGGUAAAAAGUAAACAUUUCGAGCCCCCCAACUCUCCUCCGUGACUGUAAAUAGUAUUAUUUGUCUAUAAAAUUGUUAUAAGUACACCUCUGAAUAACACUGUAUCUUAUUAACAUUAUAGAAAACAAAAAAAGAAAAAAAGUAGAGAUUAACUUGCAACAAAGAAUAACUUUAUUAACAUUAUUUUUUAGUCGAUGAAAAAACUCAAGCGGUUUAUUAGCCUGGUUGUGGUGUGAUGUCUUUAAGUGACGCCUUCAUUAAUUUAGCUUCAUGCAGUCCACUGCCUACAUUUUUACACCCAGUAAACAUACUGGUCUUUCCUCAUGUCCCACCGUAGUCACAGUGAAGCUAAACGCUACAUACGCUUCGCUAUAUUUCCUCGGGAGACUUACGUUUGUCUCAUUAUCUCCGUCUCUCUCCACCUUUCUUUUCAUCCCUGUUAAAUAUUUUUCAGGAUGUCUCUUAAGGGUUUGUUAUCUGCACUCCACACCUCCUGCUCUGUGCUGUGUGCUCUUGUUCAGUGCAAAAAACCUACUCCCUGCAGCUAAAAAAAACCAGUUCCCCAGGGUCACCCGUGCCCACCCUAUGCUAUCAUAUGCUAUCAUUCACACAUGCACAUGCUACUCACAUAAUUUCAUAUUAUAUUAGACUUUCUGAUUCUUAUCUAUUUUAUAUAAACAAACACUUUCAAUCAUGAUUAUUAUUAAUCACAGGCUUUAUUAAGUGCUUUAAAUUAACUCUGGUCUUUAAGCUGUAUGCUAAAUAUAAAUUUUUAUUAUUAAAGGGCCAUAAUAGCUCAUCAGUUGAAUGUGGAACAUCUUUAAAGGCAUUCCCUGUCCCUUUGUUUAACUCUGUAUAACAGCAAAGUCAUUUCAAAGAAUGGACGAGUUCAAAGUAAUGAUGCUGAAAAGAAAUGAAGGCAUUGUGUUAUAACUGAGGGUGAUGCCCUCCUUCUGCACAUCCACCCUUCAGUCCAUUAUUACUAAACUGGACAUUGUGUUUUACCUGAUUCAUUUUCAAAACUUCUCCAAUCUCACAACAAUGAAGCUCCAGCUUGUAUUGCUGCUUCUCAUCUGUAUGCCUGUCUCAGACGUGCUGUCGAUAACAUGUCAGGAGUGCAUUUCGUUUGGAGUUACAUCAUGCACAAGUACGCAGGUAAACUGUUCAGAUCAGUGUGCCACUGCCUCUGUUUCCUUGUAUACAGGUACUACACAGGUAAUAAAUGUGAGUAUGCAAACUUGCAGCAGGCCAAACAUGUGUUUCAAUGGAAGUUUAAACACAGGAACAAUGAACAUUAUCAACUACGGCAAAUGCUGCAGCACUGAUCUCUGCAACAACGAAACACUUCCAGGACCACCACAGUCUCCCAAUGGCCUGUUGUGCUACACAUGUGACCCUCAUGGCUGCUCAAGAACACUGAACUGUAUGGGAGAUCAAAACUUGUGCAUUUCUACCACAGUUCAACAAGGGUAUGGUCAGAUGAUUAUAAAAGGAUGUGCAUCCAAAAGCAUUUGUAAUAUGACCAGACCAAACUUUUAUGGACUUGUGGCAGGGAAUGUGCAGUGCUGUCAGGGGAACCUGUGCAACAAUGCUGAGAGCUUCACACUGAGCUUCCUCCUCAUGCUCGUCCCUCUGCUCUCCUCUAUCCUCUUACACUGACUUAAUACCUCCCUGAACUUAUGAGACAAAAAGUAAAAAUUAAAGUUUCUUUUAAGGUGUUGAGUGUAGGGUUUUCACUGUCUAGGUUUUGUCCUGCUAAUAAUCAAAGGCGUGUAUGUUUAUUAAUCUUCUAUAAUAAAGUCAGGUGAGAUGAAUAUUUGAUUUAUUACAGGCUGCAUUGUAGACGAUAGUCACAAUCUCUUCCUUUUAACAAACAGGAUAUUUGGAGGUCCAACAAAUGUCCUGUGAAAAAGUAUUUGGAUUGAUACACUUCUCACGUGGUCACACAGACGUUCACCAACCCUGCACAUGAACCUCAUUUCUGCUGCCAUGUCUUACAACUUCCUACUUGCUUUUAUUCUUUUACUGGUAGAUCACAACCACAAACAAUUAUAUCACACUAACAUCCUGGAAACAAUAUUAACCUCAGCUUGAUUUCAUAGCCCUAAAAAUAAGUCUCUCAUACAGCUGUGCUAAUAUAUUAUUAUUAUUAUUAU